AUGACGAUGUAGAAGAAAAUUUUUUAACGAUACGCGCUAUUGAGCAUUAUCCAUACUUAAAACCAUAAUAUCAACAACUUUAAGAGAACUGUAACACAUGUAUUUUAUUGAGAUCAAUAGUUGUUAUUUAGUUUUAAAUAGAAAAAAAACUAACUAAAAUUUUGUGGUAAUUUGCAUUAUACUGUUGAUUGAAAUUAAGUCAGUCGUCAUUGAAGGCUAAGUUUUUUUCAAAUAUUUCCUUAUUCAAUCGUGGUUCCUAGUAACACAUUUUAACUUAAAGUCGGAUUCACACUAAAACAGGGAUUUGAUUUUAAAUCAUAUUUUAAGUCACAAAUUUAAGAUAUUAUAAACACAAUUCCCAAUUUGAUUCAAAUUUGAACUACAUCUGAAAAGCUAUAUCUGAAAUUCGCAUUUUAAUUUUGAGAUUAAACAUUCAAUUUAUUCCUACACGAAAAUUUCACGCCUAAUCUUCGCAUUUAUUCUUGAGUGUAAAAAAUUAACAAAAAUUCGACAAAAACUCAACAAAAAUUCGUUCAUUAAUGGAAGUGACAGUGGGCAAAGUUCUGUUCACGUUCUCUCUCCUUCUGGCUGUGUCUACUUGGGGUUUGCCCUUCUGUGCCCAUGGGGUCCACGGCACAGUCAGUUCAUAUCUGAGAGUGGGGCUGUGGAAAUACUGCACAAAGUAUCUCACUACAGAGUCUUGGCAAUGUCAGAAACUAGACUUCUGGGAGAGGUCCGUAUUCGAGGAGAGUGAGCUGGAGUUCAAACUGUCCCGGAGUCUGUUCAUAUCAGAUCACGUGGUGUCAGUUGUACUGCCUCUGUUGCUCCUAGGUUAUGGCAAGUGGGAAGGCAAGAGACCCCUGUUGGUCAGGAUGAUGCUCCCAAUUGCAGCUAUUCAUGUUCUGGUGUUGAACUUCGCGACUGCAUCGGCUGAAAUGGCGUAUGAUCGAUUUGAUCAUCUGGAAUUAGACUGGUCGCAGAUUCUUCCAAUAGUUGCAUCCGCCCUCUCAAUUGGCCAGUUCGGCCUGAUGAUAGCAUUGGCAGUAUAUGACGCAAGACAUAUUAACGGAUCCCAAAAGAGCAAAUAAGGGCUGUUCUCGUGGCCGAAAGAUCGAAUGCGCUAAAAUUCCUGAGCAAUCAACCCUCUUCAACCUGUCAAAAACUGACUGAUUUUCAUGCUCAUUUCAUUCUAAUAGUUGAAUACUGACUUCUGAUUGACUAUAGUACCAGCAUAUUUUUCGCGUAUUAAAUUAUUCUGACAUAAGGGCCCCCGGGUAAAAACAGUAAAUCAAAAAGACAUCAAGUUUGAAAGAAACUUGAAUCAAAACCAUUUGUUAACGAACUUCGAGGGUUAAAGUAUUUCCUGUAAAAUUUGUCUGCUAAGGGUAUAAUCAAUUUGCAUAAUUUUUUACGUUGAAAUAUUAUCAACAAUUUUUUUUCAAAUAUCCGCAAACUAAAACAAAGAUUAAGUAAACUAAUUACAAGCCAAAAAAAAUUUAAAAAUAUUUUUUCAAGGAUUCGAAAUUAUGGCGACGGUUCGUUUUUUGACUGAUAUGAAAAAAAUGAACUUUAGCUUGUAGGAGAUCAAGUAUCAUAUUAAAGACAGGUUUUUGCAUCCAAUUAUGGUCUUGGAGUUCAAUCGGUUGUCCUGGCUUUUGAACAAAAAGCUAGGCUCAAAAGUUGUGAUUUUGAACCUUUGAAUAAAGCGAAAACUUGAUCCUGUUUUGUACAAUAUUAAAACUUGAAACCUACUAGAAAGAUCAUUAAGCUGGAAACCUACUAGAAAGAUCAUUAAGCUGUUGACUUCUAAAGUUGUUUGAUUCUCCUAAGUUAACAAAAAAUUGGAGUAUAAGUGCUCUGUGUGGUUUUUCUCUCAGACAAGUUUCGUUGAUGAACACUUCUCGCUGAAUGAUUUCUCCUUAUGAUUUAAACUAAUACCCUAAUCUCCGCAAAUAGCUUCACUUGCCAUCAAUCUCCUUAGAGUUACGGAUCUUUAAAAUUGCUAAAUGGGCUAAUUCUAUUCACCCGCACUAGCAAACUCGAGAUUGGAAUUAAUUUAAAUCAAUUUUUCUAAAGAUAAUAUGCUGUACGUAAAUAAUAUGCUGUACGAAAAUCAUU